AUGACAACUAGAGCUCCAUUUGUAGUGACCAUAAUUGCCUCUGCAGCUAAGUUGAGCGCUGGGUAUGAGGAAGCGUUAAUAGAAUAUUUGGAAGACCAUAAUAUUGAGGUUUCAGGAACCAAAGAGCUUUCAGGACGUGCAAAGGACAUUUUUUUAACUGGACCAACAGAUCUAGAUCUAUCUGAGGUUAGAGAAGCGGUUGCUAGGUUUGAGAAGCAGGGCGUUGCGAAUGGGAUUGAUCUUGUUGUACAGCGAAACGAUGAAUUCCGCAAGAAUAAAAAACUGGUAGUGUUUGAUAUGGACUCUACUUUAAUCGAACAAGAGGUGAUCGAGCUCAUUGCAGCGUAUGCCGGGGUAGAGAAGAAAGUUGCUGAGAUAACCCAUCGUGCGAUGAAUAACGAGAUAGACUUUGCUGAGUCUCUGCGAGAACGUGUGGCAUUGCUUAAGGGUAUCAAGGUUGCCAACCUUUACCAAGAAAUUUCAAGCAAGUUAAAGGUAACGGAAGGUGUGAGAGACUUCGUGCAAUGCCUAAAGGCGAUAGGUUCCAAAACGGCAGUACUGAGUGGUGGAUUCACACCGUUUGCCAAUUUCAUCAAAGAUAACUUGGAAUUAGAUUUUGCCAAGGCCAACUUUCUUGCGACAGAGACAGACUCUAAUGGAGACACAGUGCUCAAUGGGUAUACGGAAGGUGACAUUGUGGAUGGCGAAUGUAAGGCUAGAACCUUAAAAGCAUUGGCAACAGAACUGAAUAUUCCAAUUGAGGCCACCUUGAUGGUCGGAGAUGGCGGGAAUGACCUACCUGCAAUGAACGUUGCAGGAUUCGGAAUUGCAUGGAACGCCAAACCAAAAGUUCAGCAAGCAGCCCCGGCAAAACUCAACACCACUUCAAUGCGCGAUGCUCUGUACAUUCUUGGCUUCUCAGAAGAAGAUAUCAGCCAUUGCCACCGCCUCUAA